CUUUGGUCUUGUGAAAAUGGUGCGCAUCAGUGGGAGUAUCCACUAAAAUAUAUCAUGAAAAAAUUUGAAUGGUGUCUUCUAUGCCAUCAUACUAGCGAAAGGAAUUGCCGAUACAUUUUUGAGGAUCUGCUAGGCAAAAAAUUCCCAUCAUGCAGGCCAAAUUUUUUGGAUGGAAUGCAACUCGAUGGAUAUAAUGAGGAAUUGCGUCUUGCAUUUGAAUACCAGGGUCCUCAACACUAUCAUCACAAUAGCUUCUACCACCGGGAUAAUAAAAAUCUAAAAUCACAAAAUAUGCGUGAUCAGAAGAAGCGGGAUAUAUGCAAGAAGCAAGAUAUAUGUCUUAUUGAAGUGCCAUAUACAUGUGAUCUUUUUCCCUAUAUUAAGCAUACUCUAAUCGAGAAAGGGUUCUUGAGUAAUUCUCCAAGCUAG